AUGUUGAUCCUGCGAUUGCUUAUAAUCUUGUUAGUAGGUUUUAGUACUAUUUUACAUGGUAGUCAUUUUCGUGGUGGUACAAUGACAUGGCGUCCAUGGAAUAAUGUUCCAUCCGGCAAUGCAGUUACCAUUCAAGUGCGUGAAAGAUGGUCAUGGAAUCGUACUUUUAAUAGUUAUUAUAACUGUGAUGAUACGAAAAUAGCUGCACAUGGUAAUGUCGGACAGACAGGUAGCUAUUAUGUCACAUGUGUUGAUGGUAAUUGUGGUAACUGGACUAAAAUGGAUACAUUAGUAAACUGUACGGAUUAUAGUGCUGCACUUAUUGUUAGUUCUGGCGAACAUUAUGAAAAUCAAACAUUUCCACUAAAUACCGCAUUUAGUAUUGCUUUUAAUGCAAGUGCUUGGCUCAAUAAUCUUGUUGUUAAUGGCGGCCAGCCAUGGAGUGUUGUCUGUCGAAUCGACACUACUAUUAGACCCGAUGGUUACAUAAAUACCAGUCCUAUUGCUGUCAGUCUUCCUAUUAUUUACAAACAAAUUAAUAUUAAACAAUUACAUGUUGUUCAAAUGGCUGAUUAUGUUGACAAAACCGAUAUAUUACGAUGUCGAUGGUCGAGUUCAUCAGGUAAUAUUAACAAUGUCAAUGAAUGUAGUGGUGCAUGUAAUGGUGUUCCUAAUGUUUCUUAUUUUAAUGAGAGUACUUGCACAUUUGAGUUUAAGCUUACACUUGCUGGAGUGUAUGCCGCAGUAGCAUUACAAAUUGAAGAUUUUUAUAGUAGUUCAUCUACAACACCAAUGAGUUCUGUUCCAAUACAAUUUCUUUUCUAUGGUUAUACUUUAUCUUCCACUUUGAAUUGUACUAUUCCACCUGCUAUCAUUGGUAAUCUACCAAACCGAGCUUGUAUUGGUGUACCAAUCGGUUCCAAUGUUACUGAAUAUAUCAUUGUAGAAAUUUAUUGUCCUGGACAUGCUAUUGUUGAUUUAGUUAGUAGCGUUCCAACUGGUAUGACAAAGAGUACUAUUAUCCAUUCAAGUCCUAAUAUCUAUGAAAUCAUUCUCAGUUGGGCUCCCAUAGAAGCUCAGUAUGGCCCGCAGUCUCUCUGUGCUGGAGCUAUCGAUAAUAUACAACUCCAAUCUAAUCAAUGGUGUAUGACAUACUUAGUUGGCUUUGAAUCUCCUGCUAUUAUUCAACCAAUACUGGUUCAAGGUUCAGCUUCACCAAUUGGCACUGUCUUUCAAAAUCAAACCCUUUUCUCGAUUCAAACGACAAUGGCUGUAUAUCGUCCAACACUUAAUGGUACUUACAUUUAUUUCACGGAUGCGACUGCUAAUAAUACACUCGUUCAGAAAUUUGAUUGUGGUUGGGACCCUAAUGUCAUAUAUACAGGUUAUACAACUAUCAUUCGUUUUCCAGUUGCACCAUGGAUUCCUGGACAUUUUUAUUAUGUGACAUUUGAUAGUGGUGUUGCUAGUGGAACUGUAUAUUGUGGUCCUGAAUCUGCUCCGAUUACUGAUCCAACAUUUUGGGUAUUUAACAUUUGGGAUCCAGCUUUAUCAUCUACAACAACAACUACUACUACUCCACCAACAACUCAUACAGUUACAUCCUUAGGUACAACCACUACUUCGAUUAAUACUGCAUGCACAACAUCUGGCAUAGUGGCAAGUACUACGGCUGCUGUUACAACAACAACAACUAUAACUACUGGAAUUGCAACUACAGCUGGUCCAACAACAGCGGGUGCAACUACUGCAAGUGGAUCAGGUGAAACUACCGUUCCUGUCAUGUAUCCUCAAGAUUUCAUAAAUGCAUGUGCACAACCAGUAGCAAUUAUGACUAUGGUUAUCAUGGCUGCUAUGGUUCCUAUACAGGCUUUAGUAAUGUAUGCUGCUUUCACGAAGUUUUACAAUAUGUUUAAUCCAUUGGACAAAAGAGCACGGUUAAGACAUGCACAACGAUUGAGAAAUAUUAAUAUUACUCGACGUUGA